GGGGCGGAAGUUGCGGGGCAUUGUGGGAUCGACUAGAGCCGUGGCUCCUGAAUGAAAGUGGCGCGCCGCCCUUAUAGGUGCCCGGAUAGGAGCGGGUGGCGUUCGGAUCGCGGUGGGGAUUCCGGUGCCUUGGACUUCUGGUGCCCAGCCGACCUCGAGUAGGCAGCUGCGCAGGUCGGCUCUGCUCGGACCCAAGACAUGGCUCACAACAAAAUCCCGCCGCGGUGGCUGAACUGUCCGCGGCGCGGCCAGCCGGUGGCAGGAAGAUUCUUACCUCUGAAGACAAUGCUGGGACCAAGAUAUGAUAGUCAAGUUGCUGAAGAAAAUCGGUUCCAUCCCAGUAUGCUCUCAAAUUAUUUAAAGAGUUUAAAGGUUAAAAUGAGUUUGUUGGUAGAUUUGACAAAUACGUCAAGGUUCUAUGACAGACAUGACAUAGAAAAAGAAGGAAUCAAAUAUAUAAAACUUCAGUGUAAAGGACAUGGUGAAUGCCCUACAACUGAGAAUACUGAGACGUUCAUUCGUCUCUGUGAGCGGUUUAAUGAAAGAAACCCACCUGAACUUAUAGGUGUUCAUUGUACCCAUGGUUUCAAUCGCACUGGUUUCCUCAUAUGUGCCUUUUUGGUGGAGAAAAUGGAUUGGAGUAUUGAAGCAGCAGUUGCUACUUUUGCCCAAGCCAGACCACCAGGAAUCUAUAAGGGUGAUUAUUUGAAGGAACUUUUUCGUCGUUAUGGUGAUAUAGAGGAAGCACCACCACCACCUGUAUUGCCAGAUUGGUGUUUUGAGGAUGAUGAAGAUGAGGAUGAGGAUGAGGAUGUAAAAAAGGAAUCAGAACCUGGGUCAAGUGCUUCCUUUGGCAAAAGGAGAAAAGAACGGUUAAAACUGGGUGCUAUUUUCUUGGAAGGUAUAACUGUGAAAGGUGUUACUCAAGUAACAACGCAACCAAAGUUAGGAGAAGUACAGCAGAAGUGUCAUCAGUUCUGUGGCUGGGAAGGGUCUGGAUUUCCUGGAGCACAGCCUGUUUCAAUGGACAAGCAAAAUAUUAAACUUUUAGAGCAGAACCCAUAUAAAGUAAGCUGGAAAGCAGAUGGUACUCGUUAUAUGAUGUUGAUUGAUGGCACAAAUGAAGUUUUUAUGAUUGAUAGAGAUAACUCAGUGUUUCACGUGUCAAAUCUGGAAUUUCCAUUUCGUAAAGAUCUCCGUAUGCAUUUAUCAAAUACUCUUUUGGAUGGGGAAAUGAUCAUUGACAGAGUAAAUGGACAGGCGGUUCCUAGAUAUUUGAUAUAUGACAUAAUUAAAUUUAAUGCCCAGCCAGUUGGAGAUUGUGAUUUUAAUAUUCGUCUGCAGUGUAUAGAACGAGAAAUUAUAAGUCCUCGACAUGAAAAAAUCAAGAGUGGGCUCAUUGACAAAACACAGGAACCAUUUAGUGUCAGGAAUAAGCCAUUUUUUGACAUUCAUGCUUCAAGAAAGUUACUUGAAGGAAAUUUUGCCAAAGAAGUCAGCCAUGAAAUGGAUGGACUUAUUUUUCAGCCUGUUGGAAAAUAUAAACCAGGUCGGUGUGAUGAUAUAUUGAAAUGGAAGCCUCCCAGUCUGAAUUCUGUCGAUUUUCGCCUAAAGAUAACAAGAAUGGGUGGAGAAGGGUUACUUCCUCAGAAUAUUGGUCUUCUCUAUGUUGGAGGUUUUGAAAGACCCUUUGCACAAAUCAAGGUGACAAAAGAGCUAAAACAGUAUGACAACAAAAUUAUAGAAUGCAAAUUUGAGAACAACAGCUGGAUCUUCAUGAGACAGAGGACAGACAAAAGUUUUCCUAAUGCCUACAACACCGCCAUGGCUGUGUGCAAUAGCAUCUCAAAUCCUGUCACAAAGGAGAUGCUGUUUGAGUUCAUCGACAGAUGUACUGCAGCUUCUCAAGGACAGAAACGAAAGCAUCACCUGGACCCUGACACAGAGCUCAUGCCACCGCCACCUCCCAAGAGGCCACAUCCUUCAACCUAACACUUGCCUCUGACUUCAGGGUCAAGAGGAAAGAUGAGUGAAAAAAAUGCUGUUUCCCCAUUUUUGCAGCCAGAGAAAUUUAAAAAUGAGUGUGGCUUGACAUCUUUACACAUUUUGAAUUUUUUUAAAACAGGUAUUGUAGCCAGCCUGUAUAUAUUUGAUUCAUUUGUUUUCUCAGCGCUACAGUACCUCUUAGAUUUAAACAUUUUAUUUAUAUCUGAGAAACUCAGCCUUACUUUGUGGAAUAUGAAGAUUGAAAUGUCCAAAAGUUUAAAUGAGAUUGAAAUCAAUGAAAAAGAGGCCUUGUUUAUAUUAGAACAAUCUUUACAUUUAAUUUAUAAAGUUAAUAAUCUGGAACUAUGAGCACAUGAAACACUGUCGUUUUUAGAAGUUGAGUUUCAACUUUGGCAAUCUUUCCUUUUAAAAAUUUAGGCAGUGGCAUCAAAAGUUUUGUCAUUUAUCAUGGAUUUCUCACAUUUCUAAAAUUCCUAUAUUCAAAAAACAAAUGACAAGUUUGCUAAGUACUAUACUAUAUUAAACAACUUGGUCUAAUUUGUAUCAUUUUAAGAAGGUUUUUUUGGAAAAGUGAAAAAGGUAAAACUCCAUUUUUGUGAAUUGCAUUGUUUUUUUGAAAAAUAUUUUGACUAUUUGUCCGCAUCUAUUGUUUGAACUACAGUAUCAGUUAUCCAAUUUGUUCAUUCUGGCAGUGGUUUGAGUUACUUCAUGGAACUUAGAUAUAAACCACCAGGUCAUUUAUACGUUGUUCUCUUGGGAGAGCUUUCUUUUUUAAAAUCCAGAGCUAUUUCUGCUUUACCGCAGUGGUAUCAGCACAUUGUAAAUUACAUUAAAACACACAACUCACUGUGAUCUAUGGGAGCAAUAUCAAAUACAGAUGAUGUUGUGUUGGUUCCCUCAAACAAAACAGCAAAGGAAGUGCCAGGUGACUCUUUUGAUUAGAAAGUAAUGUCAAUGGAAUAGAAAGCUAUCACUAGAAAAUGUUCUCCCACUGCUAGAUAAAUGCUGAGGUGAAACAGGCAUUUGUAGGAAGUAAACAUCAAGAAAAUCAAGAUAUUUACAUUCAAAGCCAAUAUUCUAUCUACACUCUAGACUAAAGAUGUUAUUUCAUUGAUAUUUCUAAAUUUCAAAAUGUUUACUAAUAGACAGUGGGUUUAUAGGGCAGCAAAUUGAUCAUCUGCCAUUGUUGAGAAAUUAUGUUCUGAUGGUUUGUGAAGGAACUCUGAGAAUUAACUGGUUAGAGACUAAUGUAUUUAUUUUUAGAGGUAUAGGUUUUAAGUAUAUUUAAGACAAGUUUUCAUGAUCUGAAUUUUUUAUAUAUGCAUAUAUAUGUAAAUAUAUGCAACAGUGUAUAUUCUUCUACUGGUCAGAAAUGAAAACCCAAAUGAGUUACCUAGUAAACUGAAUAUCUGACAGGAUUUCUAUUUGACAUAGCACAGAUUAAACCAAAAAUGUAUUUAUAUGCGCCCGAGUUUUAAUGUUUUUAAACAAAGUUUUCUCCUGCAGUGCUUUUCUACAUGAAAUAAUUAGAAUUAUGCUUGAGCUCUUUCCUUUGUUGUUCCCAAGUUACAUAAUAUGUAGUGAAUUUUCCCAAAUUUCAUUUUAAUAUUUUAUUCUAGAGUGCUUUAGUAUGUUUGGGCACUAAAGGAUUCAGACACCUGUUGCCACAGUGACUACUGAAAGAGGAAAAAGUCUUAAGGUUCCAUGUGUCUUUUACAAAGUGGAUCUAAAAAAAUGCCUGUGCAACUCUGAGCAGUCUGAUGCCUGCUUCCCCAGAAUUUACAACUCCAGUAUGUUGCUUGCUUCUGAGCCUAUGUAGAGUCAGAGGGCCCAUCUGCAGAUAUAAAAGCAAGUUUUCACUAAUGAUCUUUAAUAAAAGUUAAAAUGUUUAUGGUAAUUAUAACCUUUUAAAUAAGUUAUGUGAAAAGAGCAUCUCAUUUUAAAAUAUCCAGAUAUUUUUUUCCUUGUCUUCAUUUCUUUUAACAGGGCUUAAUUUUCUUAACUUUAUCCUUCCCUUUCAGUUACAGUGAAAUUCAGUAGUCAGCCUCAUAAGUAGAUCCUAUGUAGUCCCCAAACAUACUGCCACCUGUAGUAUUAAGACAAGGCACUGGGCUUGUGAUGUCUGUCAUGGAGAAAACCCUUCCCUUGUCAGCUCACUUCAUGGUAGCUAUGUUCUGAGAGUGACGUUUUUGAGACAAGAAUAAAACUUUGCUUUCCUGAGUGAUCACAUGUAAAAACUUUUGCUUUAUGUUUGGAAAAGGUGUGGAUGACUCUACUGCCUGGAUGGUUACAUUUGCUUUCCGUGAAAUGCUCAAAAAAUGUCAGAACAUUCCUUCUCUAAUUGUGUGUCAGUGUGUAUUGUAAUAAACUACUGAUGUAAAAUAACA